UUCCCUGCUCUUCCUUUAUGCUCUCAUUUCAACCCAGGCGGCGUCACAGAGCGGAUCGGAUUAAAACCUAGGCAGUUGGGACCAAAGACGUUAACACAAAGUAGCGGACACAUACGGCAUCAAAGCCAUUACUUGCUAAAAGGAGAAUUCCCUACGCUUCACUUUGUAGUUACAUACCAGGGAGUACUAUUUUUCCUCGUCCUUCGUUAGGAUUUUUUGGCCGCCAUAAGCUUUUUAACUCGGCCGGAACUGAACCCCCCUUCUCUUCUUUCCUAACUCAAAAUGGAGAACGGCGACAAUAAAUACCUCCCUGAACUACUGGCGGAGAAGGACAGCCUGGAUCAGUCUUUCACACACGCCAUGAAACUUUUAGAAGCAGAAAUCGAAAGGGUCCAAAAGGGCGAAUCUAAGGAGUCAGACACUUACCUUGACCUUUUCACAAACAAGUUCAUCAAACUCAAGGAACGCGUCCUCAUACCUGUAAAACAGUACCCCAAGUUCAACUUUGUGGGCAAGAUUCUGGGACCCCAAGGCAACACCAUCAAACGUCUACAGGAGGAGUUGGGUGCCAAGAUCUCAGUGUUGGGAAAAGGCUCCAUGAGAGACAAAACCAAGGAGGAGGAGCUUAGAAACGGCGGCGAGCCAAAGUACGCUCACCUAUCCAUGGAGCUGCACGUGUUUAUUGAGGUGUACGCCCCCGUACCUGAAGCCUAUGUGCGUAUGGCCAACGCUAUGGGGGAAGUCAAGAAAUUCCUGUUUCCUGAUGUGACGGACGAUAUCUGCCAAGAGCAGUUCAUGGAAAUGGGCUACCUGAACGGAGGCCCAGAGCAAAUGGGCCGAGGAAGAGGUGGCAUGCCAAUGAGAGGACGCGGCGGUCCCCCAGGACCACACAGGGGAAGAGGAAUGCCCCCUCGUGGCGGAGUUCGAGGCGCUAGAGGUGCAGGUCGGGGCAUGCCGGCAGGCCGGGGAGCUGCUGCUGCUGCCGCCGCCGCCAGGGGUGCACCGGCAGCACGUGGGGCCAGGCCGCCCGUCGGCAAGCCGGCGCAGAGGAUGCUCCCCCACCAGCACACUCCUGCUGCAGUCGCUGAGAGCUAUGAGCAAUAUGCCUAUGACGAGAGCUACGCCGACCAAUCCUACGAGUCAUACGACAGCUAUUACAGCCAGCCACAGGCAGAGGGAGAAUAUUACGACUAUGGACAUGGAGAUUCUGCAGAGUCAUAUGAAAACUUUGCCCAGGACGACUGGAACGGUACUCAGCGAGCAGCUCCAGGCAAAGCUGCCCCCGCAGCCAGAGGAGGUACCAAGACGCCCUUCAGGCAGCACCCAUACCAACAGUACUGAAGCGGACCCGCCCUCCCCCUUACAGGGUUGCCCUGACGAGCGCCUGUCGACAUCGGCAGCUCUCGCAUUAAGCAGCCCAACACAAGUAAUUGUCCGUUUUGGCUUUGGUUCCUGCGUUUUCUUUUUUUUUUUUUUUUUUUUUUUUCUCCCCCUUCAAUAAUUUGACUUUUUUUUUUUUUUUUCAACAUUGGGGACUAGAAAUAAGUUUUUGCUUGUUUUUGUUUCAUUUUGCUUUUUUUUUUUUUUUUUUUUUAAUAGAUUUGGCUGCACACCACAUACCCCUAACACACAACACACACAACCAAAGUGAUUUCUAGAGGGUUUUUUCCUUUUUUUUUUUUUUUUUUUUUUUGUUAUUUUCCUGUAUUGUUUUUCUCUGAUCAUCCCCCUCCUGUUGGCUUUUUUGGCAUUGUUUUUUUACCGAAAAAAAUGAUUUGUAAUAGUAAUUUCCAGUUACUAGUGGCUCAUUCUCCACUUGUCUUAAAGGAUACAUUACAGUUGUGUUUUAAAUAAAGAAUCUGUCAAGGUUCAGUUGCAGAUUCCCAUUUAGGCUACAUUUCAAAAUUCUUUUAAUAUAGUCUAAUAAAAAGAUUUUUUUUAAACUUGUAAUGUAGAAACAAAAAAGUCUAAAACAAGUAAAGUUUAAAGUUAAUGGAACGCAAUUCAUUCUUUGUGAUGGAUUCUUUUUAAAUAGUUCUAAAACAUUCUUCAUUUAGAUUUAGGCUGAAAUAUUUGUCAUUGUCCUCUUUAGAGUUUUGAAAUAUAGCCCUAAUAAGACACUGUUGAGAUGGCCUGUCCUCAUAUCCUCAAUUCGAGUCAUUUAAGCAAGAAAACUUACAUUCCCUGAGCACAAAAUGGCCUCUUGUUAUGUUGCCAAACAGUUCAGGUCUUGGUGAUUGUGAUCUGAUUCUGCAUAAACUGCAUGCCCCCCAAAAAAAGAAGACAAAGGAUUGGGACACAAAUCUCCACAUGGGUCGUCUCUCUCCAUAGAGAAGGGAUCCUGCAGCUCAAUCCCAACUCUUGUACAUAUUUUAAAACCUCCUAACUGUACUUAGUCUGUACCCUCUCCAUAAAAUGCAUUAUGCUACAUGUGUACGCUUGCCUAAAUAGGUUACUAAAUCUGUCCAAAAGAUGUUUUGCAGCAGUUUGUCAAUAAAGCUUAGUGGGUUUUCUAUGAAACAUAACUUGCUUUGAUUUGUUUCCUGUCCUAGUCCAAUUUGAAAUGGCCUUUUGGUUUUUUCAAAAGCGCAUUUUAAAUCUUAAAUGAGUUUUCCAUUGACGUGUGCAGACUUUAACCCUCUUAAAUGAUGUCUUGAAAAGAGCUUAUUCUCUCUCUCUCUUUCUAUACUUUUUAAAAAGGACCCCGAGGUAAGACCGCUAAAAUAAGCCGGAUAGCUUCCUAAUGUGUAUAGAGUUGUAAAGCAUUGAAUGCCUGGGUAUGUAUAAUAUUUUUUCAAUCAUCUUACCUGUGGUCUCGUUUUAACCUUAAAUGACGAUUGCUUUCAUCGCCGCUGCAAAUUAACUGAAUUCAAACCACCAUUCAGGAUCUAGGCCUCGUUGUCAUGAAUGACACACUAAUGGCAGUGCAAUGGAGAGGAGACUUUUAACCUACUGUAGAGAACUCCACUGUAAAGGUAACCUAACCCUAAAUGUUUAAUUUGGUAGUGUGUUUUUCAUCCUUUGACAUAAACCUGCUUUAAAAGUAGCAACCCAAGACAAAAAGACUCCAAAAGUUGAAGGAAAAAAAAAACAUUAAUAGUUCAUUUUAUGUACUAAAAUAAUUGUUCUGUGUACUAACCAAGCAUUAGGCUAGUGUUAAUGCAACUCUUGCUAAAAUGAACAAAGCCAAAUCUAAGUCAAUAGCUGUUUUUGUAAUAUUUUUAAAAAAUUGUUCCACUUGUACAAAGUUACCAAUAACGAGUUGCAUGAGCAGAUGUUCUCUUGUAGACAUGUUGCAUGAGCUCCAUCUCGCAAGUAUCUCCUUGUGCUCUGUCGACUGAGUGUU